GGGGAAGGAAAGAGAGAGAGGGAGAAAGCCUUGAGGCAAGAUUGAGGCAAACCUACAAGACUGGGCAGAGAGAGAGAGAGGGAGAGAGAGAGAGAGAGGAUGAAGAUUGGGCUCUUUCUUUGUCUGCUCCGCCGGGUCUCCCGCGAUAACCUCUCCGCCUGCCUUGGCUGAAGGGGGCAAAGGGGAGAGAGGAAGAGACCCCCAAAGUGAGCCUGGAGACUGGGGCGCUGGAGGUGGAGCCCCUUCUGAGCCCAAGGCUUCCAGAGGAAAGGUCCCCGGGAGGCAGGCGGGGGCAAGGUCUUCCUGAAGACCCCGUCCACCCGUGACUCCAGUCCUCUCCUCUCUCCCUCGCCCUGGCUCCCCGCUUUUACGCGCACAGGCACCUUUGGCAGGCUCCGAAGCCCCUCGGACUCCCCCUUCCUUCCUUCCUUCCUUCUCUCCCUUCUUCCCUCCCACAUUUGUCCACAGAAGUCCCUCGGACUCCCUCCCUCCCUCUCUCUGUCCCUGAGGCCCCCACUGCCCUCCCCCGCCGCCACCCCCGCCCCCCCUUGGCGCACCCUUUGCUCCAAGCGGGGAUUUUGCCCUCCAGCCUCAGCUCUGCGCAUCUGGGCUUCUGCGAGCGCUGCUGGGAAAGGCAGGCAGUGAGAGCGUUGCCUGUGGUUUGGUUCUUUGCUUUUUCGCAUUAUUAUUUUUAAAGCAGGCCACAUUAGAGAGUUGUGUGCCCUCCCCCACGCCAUCCCACGCAAACUCAGGAAUUAAAAAAAAAACAACUAUGUGAGCCACGUUGGUUGGUUGCUUGGUUGAAGCCAGAGAAAACGUGGAGUCCAUCACCACCCGGGUGGAUGCCGCAAAGCCCUUCACUGUGCAAAAACCCCAAACCAGUUCUGAUGUUGCUGCUUCAUCCAUUUGCAGGUCUAUGGAAAUGCAGGAUCUAGCCAGCCCUCAUAGCCGUCUAAGUGGUAGUAGUGAAUCUCCUAAUGGUCCGAAACUUGAUAAUUCUCAUAUAAAUAAUAAUUCCAUGACACCCAAUGGCACAGAAGGUGACAUGACUCUGCUCAGCACUGCAGACUGGUUGUUAAAUACUAGUACACAGACCACUGCAGUUAAAACAGAGCCAAUGAGCAGCAGUGAAAUUGCUACUACAACAGCAGACGGGUCUUUAGACAGUUUCUCAGGAUCAGCAAUUGGAAGCAGUAGCUUUAGCCCAAGACAAACUCAUCCAUUUUCCCCGCCACAGAUAUACCCAUCCAAUAGAUCAUACCCACAUAUUCUUCCUACCCCUUCUUCACAAACCAUGGCUGCAUAUGGGCAGACACAGUUUACUACAGGGAUGCAACAAGCCACUGCUUAUUCAACCUACCCACAGCCUGGGCAGCCCUAUGGAAUCUCAUCAUAUGGUGCAUUGUGGGCAGGCAUCAAGACAGAAGGUGGAUUGUCUCAAACACAGUCGCCUGGACAGACAGGCUUUCUGAGCUAUGGGGCCGGGUUCAGCACUCCCCAACCAGGACAGGCUCCCUACAGUUACCAGAUGCAAGGAAGCAGUUUUACAACAUCAUCUGGAAUAUAUGCUGGAAAUAAUUCACUUACAAAUUCAACCGGAUUUAAUAGUUCACAACAGGAAUAUCCAUCUUACCCCAGUUUUGGCCAAGGUCAAUAUGCACAGUAUUAUAACAGUUCACCAUAUCCAUCACAUUAUAUGACAAGCAGCAACACCAGCCCAACAACACCUUCCUCCAAUGCAACAUACCAGCUACAAGAACCACCAUCUGGCAUCACAAGUCAAGCAGUUACAGAUCCUACAGCAGCAGAAUACAGCACAAUUCACAGUCCAACCACACCUAUUAAAGAUUCAGAGGCAGAGAGGUUGCGUCGCAGCUCAGAUGGCAAAUCACGUGGCCGAGGCAGAAGGAAUAAUAAUCCUUCACCACCACCUGACUCUGACCUAGAGAGGGUUUUCAUUUGGGAUUUGGAUGAGACAAUCAUCGUUUUCCACUCACUGCUUACAGGAUCCUAUGCUAACAGAUACGGAAGAGAUCCACCUACUUCUGUUUCACUGGGGCUGAGAAUGGAGGAGAUGAUUUUCAACUUGGCAGACACACAUCUAUUCUUCAAUGAUUUAGAAGAAUGUGACCAAGUUCAUAUUGAUGAUGUUUCAUCAGAUGACAAUGGCCAGGACUUAAGCACCUAUAACUUUGGAACAGAUGGCUUCCCCGCAGCAGCUACCAGUGCUAAUUUAUGCUUAGCAACGGGUGUGCGCGGAGGAGUGGAUUGGAUGAGAAAACUGGCCUUCCGAUACAGACGAGUAAAAGAAAUCUACAACACCUACAAAAAUAACGUUGGAGGUCUUCUGGGUCCAGCAAAGAGAGAAGCUUGGUUGCAGCUUAGAGCAGAAAUUGAAGCCCUUACAGAUUCUUGGUUAACACUUGCACUAAAAGCACUAACACUCAUUCACUCUAGGACAAAUUGUGUGAAUAUUCUAGUGACGACUACUCAGCUUAUUCCAGCUCUUGCAAAAGUUUUGCUGUAUGGCUUAGGUGUAGCAUUUCCAAUUGAAAAUAUUUACAGUGCAACUAAAAUAGGAAAAGAAAGCUGUUUCGAACGCAUAAUUCAAAGGUUUGGAAGAAAAGUAGUAUAUGUUGUUAUAGGAGAUGGUGUAGAAGAAGAACAAGGAGCAAAGAAGCAUGCCAUGCCAUUCUGGAGGAUCACAAGCCACUCUGACCUAAUGGCCCUUCAUCAUGCCUUGGAACUGGAGUACUUAUAAUAGCACUUUGUAACCCCAAAACGUCCCUCUUGCCCAUGGACAGUGUGCCUGUGUUUUGUGUCAGCACUGGGCUACAGAACUUUUGUGAUUUCAUCAUGUUGAUGUACAGCUGCAACUGGUCUUAACCUUUGCCCUUCGAGUAAAUGGAGGAGCAUGUCGCUUUCUUCAGAAACAGCUGUUGAUUCUAGUACUGUGAAUCCGAAGAAAACAAGCCAUGGUGAGAAUGUUUUAACAAUGUGUCCUUACCACAUUGGCUACAUUUUGAAAGGUUCAUACCUGUGAAGGGACUAGGACAUGCUUUAUGGCUUCUAGAAUCUUCAGUGUGGUCCACACACAACUUCGGAAGUACAACAAACUUGAUUGCACAACAAAGACUGAGCGCUUUUUUUAAAAAAAAGGAUCCCAUGGAUACAUUUCAUGAAAAGGUUUACUUUUUUAAUUUCUCAGACCCAGGGUACUCUGUAAAUCUUUACUUAUUUAUGAACAGACUCUGCUUUGACAUCAUCAUCAUCUAAAUGUGGAUAAUGUAUGAUAAAUGGAUGGCUAUGAUGUGUCUUUUGCCUUCUGGUAACAAAAUUAUUUUGAUUUUAGCACAUUGCAAAGUAGUUUAAAGUAUGUCUAAUUUAAGCGAAUAGGUACAUCACUGAGACAAUCGUGUACAGAAAGAAUGUUUUUGUGUAAAUUUGUAAUGAAUGGAUGAUGUUUUACAUAUUGUUUAGGCAAAUACUAUUGAAAGGUAGUAAUGGCUUUUUGGUGAAGAAUGAGGCAGUGUGUGCACGAACUAUUGUGCUGUGCCUUAUGAAAGUAUUGUGUAUAAAUAUGUAGAUAAUGGAAAUUUUUAGAUCAAUUUGUCAAGACCAAAAGCAUGGAUGUCAAGUGUCAAUAAGGAAUAGUUUUUUAUUUCUUUUUUUCCUUCUAUAAUUUUUUUUCUCAGCAAAUCUGCUAUACCAAAAUACUAGUUAUAUCUCCCGACCUUGCAAUCUUGCUCAUCAUGGGUUGGCUUCUGGUUUACAUUUUGUACUUGAGUCAAUAGGUCCAAGUGCAAAAUAUAUGUCACUCACAUCAAGUAAUGGUGGUUUACAUGUUUAAAUGUCAAGUUUUCUUGGAGAAGUCCAUGCAAAUGAAGGGCUAGUUGAUCUUUCAGUGUUUUAAUUAAUUUUGCUAAGAAAAGCAGAAAUCUAAAUAUGCAUGUGCAUUUUCUGCUGAUACAAUGGAUGUAUCAGAACACUCCUGAAAACUAAGAGCAGUGCUCUGCUCUUUCUUUUCGUUAGAUUGGAUACAGAAUUGUCUUCAUUUUGGUGGGAGGACUCUAUCCAUUCAGGAAAGGCUUUUGACCCAAUGAAAGAACCCCACUGCUAGAAUGGGAGAUGUAAUUGGAAAAAACUUCUAAACUGUGAGAGCUGUUCAGUAGUGGAACUCUCUACCCUGGAGUGUAGUGGAGUCUGCUUCUUUGGAGGCUUCUCAACAGAGACUGGAUGGCCAUUUGUCGGAGGUGCUUUGAAUGUGAUUUUCCUACUUCUUGGCAAGGGUUGGACUUGAUGGUCCACGAGGACUCUUCCAACUUUAUGAUUCUAUGAGUCUAAGUUGCCGUCCAUGACAGUGGAGAAGGACUAUAGGUAAAGAGGAGAAAUCUCCCUUCUAUUUUCACCAGUGGGAAGUUCAGACCAGUUCUGACCACACAGAGCAAGAAAACUCAAUCCAACUUAUUUUCUUUAUUAAUAAAUCUAGAGUGUGGGAGGAAGGGAAAAAUUAAUUAUGUUGACUUAAUUUUAAAAAAAACCCAAAGUACUCAUACACUCAGAAAGUACAAAUAAAAGCAUCCACUUAAUUUUAGAGUCAAAAGAGAAUAACUAUUUUUAGAAUUCAGGUAUUAUAUAUUAAGUACGAAUCAUUUGGAACUUGUUGCUCUCUUGCCCCCUCCCCUCAAAAACUGACUCAAUUUAUGUCUAAAAUGCUUUUUUUAAAAAAAAAGAAAAUCACACCGAAGUCUGCCAAAGAAUACAGUGGAAUGAGAGUUACAGUUUUAUGAUGACCACCUCUAAAGCAAACCAAUAUGACCCUAACAACAUAGUAAAAAAGCAGAGCAUGAUGAUGAAUGGUGGUAUACAGUGACCGGCAAAGCAGACCAUCUUCCCAAUACUUCUCCUAUAUUUAGGAUGACAUUUCAAAUAUAAAUGGUUUACAUGUGUAAAACAUUCAAUCUAUGGAAUAAUGUGUAGGCAUUUUGAAAUAAUUUUCUUUUAUUUAUGAUCCCUUAAUUUUUGAUAACAUUCGUUUUCACCAUCCCAUAUCAGUAAUCCAGAUUUUUCUAUUAGUCCAUUGCUGGCAGUGGGCUCACUAAAACCAUUAUUGCCAAUUAUGUUUAGACUGCUUGUAACUAUUUUGUACCACAUUUCAACCAUACUCAUCUUCUGCAAAAAAUAUGAUUAACAUGAACAAUUUAUCCUGUUUUACUUUGAGCUGAUUUAGAUAAUCAAAUGGUGCUUACCCAUGGUUAACCUAUACAUACUUUCUUCCUUCUCCUGCCAUAAUUGUGUCUGAAGCAUAGUACCAUCAGUGCAUUACCCCCAUUUGAUCAGCAUUCUUAGCCAGGAGUGUUGGGAGAAAUUAUAAUUGCAUAAACUGACCCCAAGCUUACAAAGAUGGCUAAGAGAAGCACACUUUUAGGUCUGUAUUGCACCCAUGGGUCUAAAUUCUUAGCCUGAACUUUAGUGCCAGGCCAGUGAAGUAUCCAUUCUAUACCUUGGUUCUUUUAGUUCUUUUUCCAGCUUUUGGAUUUUUGUUUUAUGAAAUAAACCAAUGUUUAAACCAGCUGCUAGGAAAGCAAGAACAGUAGCUGUGAGGUAACUCCUCCUUUCAUGGAGGAUGCAUAUUGCUGCUACAGUGUAUAAUUAUUUUAUGGAUUGUUUCAAACUGUUUGAUAAUAAUAUGACACCCCAAAGUCAACAACUUUAUAUACCAAGAGCAAUCCAAUUCAGGGACUACUCAAAGUAUGUAAAGUUAAGCACAUACACAACUCUUUUAAUGACAGGGGCUGUAAUUAGUGUUUUGUUUCCUUUUUUGCUUUAAGCAAAAUAGAGAUGGACAUUUUUUUCCCUUUAUUUCAAUUUUUGUAGUCAACAUGCUGACUAAAAAAGGUUUUGUCUGGGCCUUAUUGUACAAAAAGUUUGUUGUGUCCACAAUUGUGUACAGAUAUUUUCCUCCAUUCAUUUUGUGCUUAAAUUAAUAAAAUUGAUUUGUGACAUAUUAAA